AUGGUAACGAGCUUCUCGCGAAAGAAACUCGAGGCAGGACCGCGUGGAGACCUCUUCGAUGAAGAGUUUUAUGCUUGGGUCAGUGCCGUAGGCCGUUUCAACUGGUGGCAUCAAGACGAACCAGUGGUAAUGAUUCGUUCGCUCAUGCAGCAGAACUUCAAACCGGAGCAGUUGGCAAGAGCGUUCGAAACGGCUCAAGGUACUCGCAAGCAUCGAGCACUGGGGGUCACGAUGACGAAGGAAUUGCUGACACAUUUUAAAACGUCCUAUGUCGACCCCAUUGGUUUGUUUGCGCUGCUCAAGCUCGACAUCAGCGGUCAGAGCAUAUUCAGCCGCCCAGAGCUUAGUACGUGGUACGAGUACGUGAUCAAGACGGUCUUUCGCGAAAGGCGCGAGGAAGUGAAGGAGGUUGCAGUCCUAGCGAAGCUCGCGAAAAAGACCGCGGCGUCGAUCGUCUCGAAACACUACUCUAUCGACGAGCUGGAUGUGAUGCUUGACAAGGCGGUCCUAGAGACCGAUCGCAUGCAACAAACGUAUGUGGACCUCGGAGCUGCGAUAACGCGUUACCAGAAUUUGCAUUUCCCCUUACACAUUCAGUAG